AUGGGCAGAGGGAAACCAACUUAUCGCUGCGAAUGGGAUAACUGCCCAAGAAGGGAUAAUCCCUUUACAAAACGUCAUAAAAUGUUUGCUCAUCUUCGGGUGCAUACCGGUGAGCGUCCUUUUGUUUGUCCAGAACCAGGAUGUAAAAAGCAGUUUACUCGACCAGACUCAUUAUCAACCCAUAUAAAGACACACUCAAAGGUGCGUCCUUUCAUUUGUAAGCGGGAAGGAUGUGGGAAGGCAUAUUAUCAUGCUCGAUCUUUAAAGAAGCAUGAGAGAACACAUACUCAAUCAACUAUGAAUCAUGGGCAAAUAGCGUAUUUACCUUUACAAAUGAUGCAAUCCCAACCACAAUUACCACAGAUCUUCUUUGAACGUGCUAAUCAAGUAUUUACUCCAUUUCGUCAAAAUCAGCAUAUAAACACACAAUCGAACGGCAUGACUUUUCCCUCAACUAGCAACUCGUCACUCUAA